AUGGCCCUUACCUGGAACGUUCAAAUCAACCCCAGAAAUGGUUUUGCCUAUUCAGUCUGGAGGGAUGUUCCUGUCCCUUUCUACAUGUCUGUAUAUUUCUUUCAUAUUGUGAAUCCAGACGCAAUUAUCCGUGGAGAGAAGCCAGUUGUUGCACAGCGAGGACCCUAUGUUUACAGAGAGUACAGACCAAAAGGCAAUAUUACCUUUCAUGAAAAUUACACUGUUUCAUACCGUGCAUAUCGACAGUUUCACUUUGUCCCGGAACGCUCAUCUGGCAACGAGAGCGAUGAGCUGGUCCUGCCCAACAUGCUGGCACUCGGCAUGGCCAUUUUAGUUGAGAAGUUCCCUCCAGACCUGAAGGUCGCAUUCAAUGUUGCCAUGAAGAUGUUUAAUCAAACUGCUUUCUUCAGAAAGACUGUAAAGGAAAUAAUGUGGGGAUAUGAAGACAAACUUAUUACCUUCCUUAAAAAACUCUUCCCAAACCUCCUCCCCUUUAAGGACAAAUUUGGUUUGUUCGCUGAUUUGAACAACACUGACACUGGAUUAUUCACAAUUAAUACAGGAGUUGAUGAUAUUAAUAAAGUCCAAACAAUUGACACAUGGAAUGGCAGUAAAAAGGUAAACUACUGGCAUUCCGACCAGUGCAACAUGAUAAAUGGAACAUCAGGUGAAAUGUGGCCCCCAUUCCUGACUCCGUCAGACUCGUUGAAGUUUUAUAGCCCAGAUGCCUGUAGAUCAUUGGAAUUAGUUCACCAAAGAUCAGCCUGGACCUUUGGACUACCUUCAUUCCGCUAUGUUGCCCCGAAGACGAUGUUUGCAAAUGGAACGGUGUACCCCCCCAACCAAGGUUUCUGUCCAUGCAGGCAGUCCGGGGUUCUAAACGUCAGCACAUGCAGACACAAUUCCCAAGUCUUCAUCUCACAUCCUCACUUCUACAAUGCCGACCCUGUACUGUGGGAAGCCAUUGAUGGAUUGCACCCCAAUGAGAGAGACCAUGCACUGUUCAUUGACAUCCACCCUAUGACAGGAGUCCCUCUGAACGUCUCGAUUAAAUUACAACUAAAUCUGUUCCUAAAAGCUGCUAAAGGAAUACAACUGACGGGGAAGAUGCGGACCCUGCUGCUACCUCUCAUCUGGUUUGAUGAAAGUGGGAACAUUGAUGGUCCAAUUCUGCACAACUUCUACACUUUCAUGGCACUGAUCCCUCUGCUUCUGCAGUGUGUCCAGUACAUUCUCCUGAGCAUCGGUGCUUUACUGCUGACUGUUGCUGCAAUCCUUGGAAUUAUUUCCCUGCAACAGAAACAAGCCAAGCAUUUGGGUGUUGAAAAUCUCAGCGCAACAUCAGCUGAUUCCCGGAAGGAGAAAGUUGAAGAAGGAACUGGGGUCAAGGUGCAGACUGAAACACAGCUCUAG